GCCGCGGUCACGUGGGGGGCGCGGCGCGGCUGGGCGUGGCGCUAUCCCCGGACUGGCAGCGCCCGCGGCUGGAGGGGCCCCUUGGAACUGCAGGGUUCUCUGGUGGCCAUGGCUGCUGUUGACAGUUUCUACCUCUUAUACAGGGAGAUUGCCCGGUCUUGCAAUUGCUACAUGGAAGCUUUAGCUUUGGUUGGAGCCUGGUAUACUGCCAGAAAAAGCAUCACCAUCAUAUGUGACUUUUACAGCUUGAUCAGACUGCAUUUCAUCCCUAGAUUGGUGAGCAGAGCAGAUCUCAUUAAACAAUAUGGAAGAUGGGCAGUUGUCAGUGGUGCCACAGAUGGUAUUGGAAAAGCCUAUGCUGAAGAAUUAGCAAGCCGAGGUCUCAAUAUUGUCCUCAUCAGCCAGAAUGAAGAAAAGCUGCACAAGCUUUCCAAAACCUUAGCUGAGACCUACAAAGUUGAGACAGAGAUCAUAGUUGCAGACUUCUCCAAUGGCCGUGGAAUUUACUUACUUAUUAGAGAGGCUUUACAGGACAGAGACAUUGGUAUCUUGGUGAAUAAUGUUGGAGUAUUUUAUCCCUACCCACAGUAUUUUACUCAAGUCUCUGAAGAAAAACUGUGGGACAUUAUUGACGUCAACAUUGCAGCUGCCAGCUUGAUGGUCCAUAUAGUAUUGCCAGGGAUGGUGGCAAGGAGGAAGGGGGCGAUUGUGAACAUCUCUUCUGGCUCUUGCUGCAAACCCACACCCCAGAUGACCGCGUACUCGGCGUCAAAGGCUUACUUAGACCACUUCAGCAGAGCAUUGCAAUAUGAAUAUGCUUCUAAAGGAAUUUUUGUACAGAGUUUAAUUCCAUUCUCUGUAGCUACAAAUGUGAAAGCAUGCAGGAGCUUUCUGCAUGGCUGCUCUUGGUUGGUGCCAUCACCAAAAGUAUACGCACAUCAUGCAAUUGCUACUCUUGGAAUCUCGAAAAGGACCACAGGAUACUGGUUUCAUUCAAUUCAGUUUCUUUUUGCACAGUAUAUGCCAGAAUGGCUCUGGGCUUGGGGAGCAAAUAUUAUCAACAAUUCCUUGCGUCAUGAGGCCUUAUCCCAUAGAUUGUGAACCUGGAUAUGUCAUCUUAGGAAGUCUUGCCAAAUUAUGUGAAUCUACAGUAUUCAGAGCUUUGGAAGAACAACACUUCAUUUUAAUUGUGUAUUUGCUCUUAACUAUUUUGCUGGCACCUUAUUGUUGCAUCAUUGAUAAAGCAGACAUGGUACUUUUAAAAAAUACUGGGGAAGCUGCCUGAAGGCGUUGGCACAGGGUUAAUAUUGAAUGUGAUGAGAACUGAUUUAGGAAGCCUAGAGUUGGGUAUUCCUUUUUUUUAUGUAAGCUACAGGAAAAACUAUGUCAGUGAGUCAGUGUUGUGCUAUGAACCAAGAUGAACUGAAAUUGAAAUGUUCACAAUUUGAAUAUUUGGGUCUUUUCAUUUUAAAUCUUAUUGUUUUAAGAGUGGUCAUGUGUUUUGUUAAAGAAUUGUAAUUUCUUGUCUAAAAAUAACUGGAAAAGGUGUGUUUAAAGAACUAUUUUGAAGCUUAAAAUGGCUGGUGUUUGUAGCUGUAGAAAUCCAACUACCUAUGUGUAUUGUAUUAUAUAGAUCUUGUCAUUUGAAUUUCUUCUGAUAAAAUUGCUGCUUUUCAUUUAAAAACAGAAUUGUAUUAGCUGUUUGAAAAUUGAUCAUAUUUAGAAAAUGGUGAGAUCUAAAUGAGCAACUUUAUAUAUAACUAAUGGGCAAAUCAGUUAAAGAUAUAUGUAAAAUGGCUUUGAGCGGGAGUUUCAUGGAUUUUUAAAACCAUUUAAACCAUCACAAAAGAAAAGCUUCUCUAAUUUUGGUGACCCUGUAUAAGUCUAAAAGUAUAAGUUACUACUUUCUGUCAAGUUCUUACCUACUUUGGAACUAACAUUUUGCCAGAGCUGCAAAUACAUUAUAAAGUAUUUCGAGCAUUUCUUUAAUUUAUACAAUUCUUUUGGAUAAUAUAAUGAUUUUCAGUGUUUUGUGGUUUGUUUUUUUUUUUUACUGAAAUCUUGUCCUUUAGAAAAAAAUUAUUUCACAAUUUUCUAUGUGAUAAUCAAUUCCAAUAGCACUUAUUGGUAUAAACAAAAUUGUUUGCUGAGGUAGUUAAAAUGUGGAGUAAUUAUGUACUAUGUAUUUUAUCUGAUGAAAUCAUAACAGAUUUAGAAAUGUAAUCCUAGUUUGUGCAAUGAAUGUAAUGAAUAAAAUGAAAAUUGUGUUGGAGUAAAAUGACUAAAACUGCUUAGACAGGGUUAGUUCUGAAAUAUGUGUGUGACAUUUUUGGUUUAGAUCAUAGUAUCCUGUUUGAAAACUCUUGUUGUGAAAACCAUUCAGUGCUGUCCAAACUGUGAAACUUUAUUCAAAUGUAAAGUAUUGUUAUUAUUUACGUGUUGAUAAUUCUGCAUUUAAUUUUGUGAGUCAGUGAAGAUAUAUUGCGUAUUCAUAAGCCUGGUAAAAUUAUUUAAGAAUCAU